CUGGCCUUAGUGGGAAACCCCGGCGUGAGGUGGUUUCUCAGGGCGGGGUGGGCUGGCGAGCCGACGCGGCGGCGGAGGAGGCUGUGAGGAGCGCGUGGGACAGGGGCCGGCACAGGGACCGGCACAGAGAAAUCAUGGCCCCGCAGAACCUGGGCACCUUCUGCCUGUUGCUGCUGUACCUCAUCGGGGCUGUGAUCGCCGGGCGAGAUUUCUAUAAGAUCUUGGGGGUGCCUCGCAGUGCCUCUAUAAAGGAUAUUAAAAAGGCCUACAGGAAACUAGCCCUGCAGCUUCAUCCUGACCGGAACCCUGAUGAUCCACGAGCACAGGAGAAGUUCCAGGAUCUGGGUGCUGCUUAUGAGGUUCUGUCAGAUAGUGAGAAACGGAAACAAUAUGAUACUUAUGGGGAAGAGGGAUUAAAAGAUGGUCAUCAGAGCUCCCACGGAGACAUUUUUUCUCACUUCUUUGGAGAUUUUGGUUUCAUGUUUGGAGGAACCCCUCGUCAGCAAGACAGAAAUAUUCCAAGAGGAAGUGAUAUUAUUGUAGAUCUAGAAGUCACUUUGGAAGAAGUGUAUGCAGGAAAUUUUGUGGAAGUCGUUAGAAACAAACCUGUGGCAAGGCAGGCUCCUGGCAAACGAAAAUGCAACUGUCGGCAAGAGAUGCGCACCACCCAGCUGGGCCCGGGGCGCUUCCAAAUGACCCAGGAGGUGGUCUGCGAUGAGUGCCCCAAUGUCAAACUAGUGAAUGAAGAACGAACACUGGAGGUAGAAAUAGAACCUGGGGUGAGAGAUGGCAUGGAGUACCCCUUUAUUGGAGAAGGUGAGCCUCACGUGGAUGGGGAACCAGGAGACUUACGGUUCCGAAUCAAAGUUGUCAAGCACCCAAUAUUUGAAAGGAGAGGAGAUGAUUUAUACACAAACGUGACAAUCUCACUCGUUGAGUCUCUGGUGGGCUUUGAUAUGGAUAUUACUCACUUGGAUGGUCACAAGGUACAUAUUUCCCGGGAUAAGAUCACCAGACCAGGAGCCAAGCUAUGGAAGAAAGGGGAAGGGCUCCCCAGCUUUGACAAUAACAACAUCAAAGGCUCUUUGAUAAUCACUUUCGAUGUGGAUUUUCCAAAAGAACAGUUAACAGAGGAAGCAAGAGAAGGUAUCAAACAGCUCCUGAAACAAGGAUCAGUGCAGAAGGUAUACAAUGGACUGCAAGGAUAUUAAGAGUGAAUAAAAUUGGACUUUGUUUAAAAUAAGUGAAUCAGCGAUAUUUAUUAUCUGCAGGGUUUUUUUUUGUGUAUUUUGUUUUUAUUUUCAAUAUGCAAGUUUGGCUUAAUUUUUUUCUUGUAAUGAUCGUCAUGAAAUGAAUAAGAGGGCUUAAGAAUAUGUCCAUUUGCAUUCAGAAAAGAAUGACCAGCAAAAGGUUUAAUAAUACCUCUCCCUUUGGGGAUUUAAUGUCUGGUGCUGCCGCCUGAGUUUCAAGAAUUAAAGCCGCAAGAGGACCCAGGAGCAAAAGAGACACAAUAUAAAGGGUUAGCGUUGACUGUUAGCUAUCUCAUUCAAAAUGCCAACUGGAGAAGUCUGUUUUUAAAUACAGUUUGUUGUUAUUUUUUUCUUGA